AUGACCGUACCCACACAAGCAGCUAACGACACAUUGAACGUCACCCUGGAGGUCGUGCAAUCGCUGAUGAAGCAAUGCAUCAAGGUGAAGGAGGGCGAUCCUGAGGCCUUCAGGUUAUCAGAUGAUAUUGCCAGGCGUGUGGUGAGUAUUUGUUGCUAUAGUCCCCUUGAAAUUCUCUCGGAUAAACUAACACAUCUGACACCGGCAAAAGACUUAAAAUUAUAUGGUGGGAGUGCCACGUCAUUUUCCCCGCGUCUGCUCUCUUUUGCUGCCGUUGUGAGACAGCACUCAAGGGGCGGCGCCUUUGAGAGUGUCCCUGACUGGACCACUGUUACCGACGACGACCCAUGGAUCAAGAACCACCCGUGGUUCGAGAAGACCGUGGACUACCGUCCACCCUCUGCGCUUGAUGUUCCUGCAAUCGCGACAUCAAGCACAAUUCCCACUGUCGCACCCGCAACAACAGCUCCCAUCAUCCCACUAUUGACGCCCUCAGCUUCACCGCCCAUGCCAUCCCACAUGGACUUGGAUCUUGUCACUCAGUCAGUAGCGAAACAGACAGGAUCUCUGCAGUUGCGAGCGCACAAGAAGAGAAAGGCGGACGAUGAAGACGCUGAUGGGGUGGUUGCCAAAAAGAGCAGGAAGUCCAAGUCAAAUGUCGACAAAGGGCCCACCGGAGUAUUGUAUGACGAACCAAAGCCUGUCACUGAUGACAAAGAUGUUCCGCCAGCCACAGACAAGGGUUUCCAGGAUGCAGAAACUCGGGCUGCAGAAUGGGGCUUGGAUGCUCAUAUCGCUACUCCACGGCAGCAUUCCGUUCAUCACCACGCCCGGCAGUGCGACAAAUGCACUAAAUUAAACAUACCCUGCCUUGUCCUCCCCGACAAGAAAUUCGGAUACUUGCGCCUCGCCUGCACAAAUUGCGAUAACAUGAAAAUCACUUGCGCAAUCGACGGCGUUGGUGUCCGGCAGCGGUUGCAAGCGAGAGUGGUGAAACAAUCCUCCGACCCUGCCAAUCAUCCCAAGACAUCCAAGUCCCGAGUUGUCUCAAAAACACUUGUCAGACAUCCUUCCCACUCUGAAUAG